GAGCGCGCAGCAGGUAGGGCCACGCGUGUCAAAGAAGGUUCAAUGGCGUGGCAGGGGCUGACGGCCGAGUUCCUGCAGGUCCCUGCGGUGACGCGGGCCUACACCGCGGCCUGCGUCCUUACCACCGCUGCUGUGCAACUGGAGCUCCUCAGCCCCUUCCAGCUCUAUUUCAACCCGCACCUCGUGUUCCGGAAGUUUCAGGUCUGGAGGCUCGUCACCAACUUCCUCUUCUUUGGGCCCCUGGGAUUCAGCUUCUUCUUCAACAUGCUCUUCGUGUUUCGCUACUGCCGCAUGCUGGAGGAGGGUUCCUUCCGUGGCCGCACGGCGGACUUCGUCUUCAUGUUUCUCUUCGGGGGCGUCCUCAUGACCCUGCUGGGGCUCCUGGGCAGCCUGUUCUUCUUGGGCCAGGCCCUCACAGUCAUGCUGGUCUAUGUCUGGAGCCGCCGCAACCCCCGGGUGAGGGUCAACUUCUUUGGCCUCCUCACCUUCCAGGCGCCAUUCCUGCCCUGGGCCCUCAUGGGUUUCUCGCUGCUGCUGGGCAACUCGAUCCUCGUCGACCUGCUGGGGAUUGCUGUGGGCCACAUCUACUACUUCCUAGAGGAUGUCUUCCCCAACCAGCCUGGAGGCAAGAGGCUGCUGCUGACCCCCAGCUUCCUCUCAGUGUGGGCCCCUCCCCACAGGAAGCUGCUACUGGAUGCUCGAGAGGAGGACCCCAAUUACCUGCCCCUCCCAGAGGAGCAGCCAGGAGCCCUGCAGCAAUGACCCUACCCAAGGCCAGGACCAGCCCAAGAGGCCUGUUUUCCUGGUCUCUGGCAGGCCUCCAUCCCACCCCUCACACCUGCUUUCAGGAGAGCAACCUAUCCUGCAGCCUGGGCCUGUGCCCAGCACCCACCCAAAUAAACAGAAUGACCUGCA